ACAUAGAAACCACAAUCAUGUUUUUGUAGUUUUGUGCUUGUUUGAUAGUUCUAUUACAAGAUUAAGAUUCAAUGGAAUCCCCAAUGGGAGACUCUCCCAACUCAUCCAGUUGUCAUUAGAUGCGCAGUUUCUUACGUCAAUCCGAACUCUGCAGUCCCUCUCCUCUACUUUUAAAUUCCUCUUCAACCCGCACAUCUCUUCCCACUCAACAUUCUCUGCCUGAAUCUCUCCGUUGCUCAAUAAUUCCCCUCUUCCAAUCCAAAUCCCAAAUGGGUUUAGAACUUGAUGAAGAAACCGGAAAAGGGUCGCCGGAAAUUGCGGGGAAAACACCCUUUCUCCGCUACAAUUCGCCCUUGGUUCAGGUUGCUUUGAUCGGGUUGGUCUGCUUCUGCUGCCCCGGAAUGUUUAACGCUCUCUCCGGCAUGGGGGGCGGCGGCCAGGUCGACCCCACCGCCGCCAACAAUGCUAACACCGCCCUCUACACCACCUUCUCGGUGUUUGGUAUUCUCGGCGGAGGAAUCUACAACAUCCUCGGCCCGCAGCUGACCCUGGUCACCGGAUGUUCGACUUAUGUACUCUAUGCCGGCUCGUUUCUGUACUACAACCAUUACCACCACCAGGCGUUCGCCAUCGUCGCCGGCGCGUUCCUCGGAAUCGGCGCCGGCCUCUUGUGGGCGUCUCAGGGAGCGAUUAUGACAUCUUAUCCACCACAUGAUAGAAAGGGUGUCUACAUUUCCUUGUUUUGGAGUAUCUUUAACAUGGGUGGUGUUAUUGGUGGUUUGAUUCCUUUUGUACUGAAUUUCCAUAGGACUGAUGCAGUUUCUGUCAAUGAUGGCACAUACAUUGGUUUCAUGGUCUUUAUGUCUAUUGGAACUCUUCUUUCACUCUCAAUUUUGCACCCGAGUCGCGUCGUGCGCGAUGACGGCUCCCGGUGCACGAAAAUUAAGUACUCUAGUAUGAGGGUCGAAGCCAGAGAGAUUCUCAAGUUGUUUCGUGAUUGGAGGAUGUUGCUGAUGGUGCCUGCUUCUUGGGGCAGCAACUUUUUCUAUAGUUACCAGUUUAAUAAUGUUAAUGGCUUGCUUUUCAACGUUAGGACAAGAGGAUUAAACAAUAUAUUCUAUUGGGCUGCACAGAUGAUUGGUUCUGUGGUUAUUGGUUAUAUCAUGGAUUUCAGUUUUAAGAGUAGGAGGGUUAGGGGAUUGCUUGGUGUUGGGGUUGUGGCCAUUUUUGGGACUGCUAUUUGGGGAGGAGGGCUGGCGAACCAGCUAAGUUACACACGUGAUGAUUUGCCGUCAAGGAGGCUGGAUUUUAAGGAUGGUUCUGAUUUUGCAGGACCCUUUGUGUUAUACUUCAGUUAUGGAUUGCUCGAUGCGAUGUUUCAAAGUAUGGUGUAUUGGGUCAUUGGAGCAUUAGCUGAUGACUCUGAGAUACUAAGCAGGUACAGCGGAUUCUAUAAGGGAGUGCAGAGUGCAGGUGCUGCAAUUGCUUGGCAACUCGACACGCAAAAAGUGUCGCUCUUGAGCGAAUUGAUAACAAACUGGGCGCUUAUGACAGUAAGUUUUCCUUUAUUGGUUCUGCUGAUCUUACGGGCUGUCAAAGAUGAUGACGAAGUAGAAGGAAAAUCUAAAGAGGGCGGGGUGAUUCCUGGCAUCCACUGAAAACACUUUUGUGUGUUUUUCGAGUUAGCUUGUACUCUUCGUGUGAAAAUAAUUUGAAGAAAGUUGCAUAUUUGUGAAGCUGUAAAUGUAGUUUACUCAUGAAUCAUAGUUUAUGAAUAGAUGCUAUGUACCACUCGAUUGAAAUGUUCCAUGUGAAACAUUGCGAUCAAAUGUUUAUCGACUUUGUUUUCAAAUGAGCAACUUUUAUGAUUCACAUGUUA